CUCAGACAGAGUGUGAGCGUCUCACCAGAAAGGAUGACUGGAGGAGUUAGGACUGCAUAGGCUGCAGUGCUGGGAGAAAGAGAGAGAGAGAGAGUGUGUGUGUUUGUGUGUGAGUGCAUGUGGGAGUGCAUGUGUUUGGGCGGACUCCCGCUGUAAUGGUGCCCCAUGUGUGACUGUGCUGACCACGACAGCCAUCCUGUCCACAGCGGAGACUUUCUCAGCAUGCAGAUGGUGUGAGCAGUCAGGGGAAAAGUUUAUAACAGCUCGUCUGAGCCUCAGCUAACUCAAUCCACUCUGUACACACUGAGUUCGUUCUGGAGGGAAACAGCAGCUGAGCUGGACUACAACUUCAGCUUGUCUGAGCUCAGGAUUUCUGUUGAUGUGAUUGAUGUGACCUGGUUACCUGUCACUGGAUUGGAUACAAUAGUUGUGCAUCACCACACGUCAGAGCUGAGGGAUUGAACAAGGCUGUUUAUUGGAAAGAUUAGAGUUGCUGUAAUGGACGACCAGUGUGUGUCCCACAGCAGUCCCCAGCGCAGCGGAGGUCAGGCCAGCACAGAGAUCCAGAAGCAGGGACGGCCGAGUGUCAUCAGGUGUGGGUGGCUCAGGAAGCAAGGAGGUUUUGUCAAGACUUGGCACAGUCGCUGGUUUGUUCUGCGAGGGGACCAGCUUUACUAUUACAAAGAUGAAGAGGAGACCAAAGCUCUGGGAACCAUUUUCCUACCUGGAAACAAAGUUACAGAGCAUCCAACCAGUGGCGAUGAUGGGGGGAAAUUUCUUUUCGAGGUCAUUCCAGGGGGAGACAAAGAGCGGAUGACAGCCAACCAUGAGACCUACCUCCUUAUGGCCAGCACCCAGAAUGACAUGGAGGAUUGGGUGAAGACGAUCCGAAGGGUAAUCUGGGCUCCUUUUGGUGGAGGGAUCUUCGGUCAGAAGUUGGAGGAAACUGUGCGCUAUGAACGCCGGUUUGGGAACAAGCUUGCCCCUAUGCUGGUAGAGCAGUGUGUGGAUUUCAUUCGGCAGUGGGGCCUUCGGGAGGAGGGUCUGUUCAGGCUGCCAGGACAGGCCAACCUGGUCAAAGAGCUGCAGGAUGCCUUCGACUGUGGAGAGAAACCCUCUUUUGAUUGUAACACAGAUGUGCAUACAGUAGCCUCUCUACUGAAGCUGUAUCUCAGAGAGCUGCCCGAGCCGGUCAUCCCCUUCCACAAGUAUGAUGAGUUCCUGGCCUGCGCCAAGCUUCUCGGCAAAGAUGACGAAAUGGGUUUGAAGGAGUUAAGAAGGCUUGUUGAAUGUCUACCUCCAGUGAACUACAACCUUCUCAAAUACAUCUGCAGAUUUCUAGAUGAAGUCCAAUCAUAUUCAGGAGUAAAUAAAAUGAGCGUCCAAAACUUGGCCACAGUCUUUGGGCCAAAUAUCUUGAGGCCCAAGGUUGAGGAUCCAGUAGCUAUUAUGGAAGGUACUGUUCUGGUCCAGCAGCUCAUGGCCGUUUUGAUUGGCCGUCAUGAUGUGCUGUUCCCUCGGGAUGAGGACAGCCCUACAGCCCUCGAGCUUGUCAACAACAACAACAUCGAAAUACAACGGCGACAAGCCACCACAACUACCUCCGGCAUCACUACGGUGUCUCAGAAUGCCGAGAACAACAACACGCAAGUGGUGCGGCACUGUGUUUGGGAAGCGCCUGACUCUCCUUCACACCGCCAACAUGUAGACAACAGUGGUUCUCCACGAUCAGCCAGUCCUCGUAACGGUAUCAUAGGACGCUUUGACAUCACCCGCAGCCCACCACUGACUGUUAAAAAGAACCCGGCUUUCAGUAAAGGCAGCGGGAUCGUUACAAACGGCUCCUUCAGCUCUUCACCUUCUUCAGACCCCAGCCAGGAAAAGAGCCAGACUUUGACCGGAGGUGGGAGUUUACCGGUGCGGCGCAGUGGGACACUCAAAGGUUCCGGUACAAAAAUGGGCACCAGUGGAGUGACGAGUGGAAGCAGCACUGGAGGGAACGGGACUGGAGUUGUGCGCAUGGGCAUUGCCGGGACUGAUGUGGUCACAGGGAGUAUGAACAGCCGCAAUGGUCUUUGGGUACCGAAUGGCUGCGUCACAUUACGCGAGAACGGCAAAACACGUGACUGCUCGAAUGGGGAUCAAAUAACCAAUCAGAACCGCCUGUCCACAUAUGACAAUGUCCAGUUAAACCAUCAGAACCUGCAGCAGCAGAACCAGAUCACCAACACGUGUCUGAACAGCAGCUGCGAGGACAAGCAGAGCGUCGACAGCGCCACCUGGUCCACCUCCUCCUGUGAAAUCUCUCUUCCUGACAACUCCACUUCCUGUCGUUCCUCCACCACUACCUGCCCUGAACAGGACUUCUACGGAGGUCACUUUGAAGACCUGGACGGACCAACACAAGAUAAUGAGCCUCCACAGUCUGGUGGAGGAGGAGAGGGCGAGGGCAGAAACAGCAACAGGGAAGGAAGCGGAGAUGGAGCAGGGAGGAGCAGUCGAGGCACCAGCAGUAGUGAUAAUAGUGAUGGCUUCACUGUGGGUAAUGGAGCCGGCAGUCACAGUGCUCUGCACAGUUUAGUGGCCAGUCUUAAACAGGAGAUGCACAAGCAGAAGGCCGAGUACGAGGCCAGGAUAAAGAGCUUAGAGCAGCGUAACCUGGAGCUGGAGACAGAAAUGGUGAGCCUCCAUGAAGAGCUGGACCAGGAGAGGAAGAAGUACACCAUGGCGGAGAUCAAACUGCGCAACGCUGAGCGCGCCAAGGACGACGCAGAGCGGCGGAAUCAGAUGCUGCAGAAAGAGAUGGAACAGUUUUUCUCCACGUUUAGCGACCUCACUGCAACUGGCAACACCUCGGCCACGGACCCCCGGCGACCAGAUCGUAACAACCCGAUCUGGAUACAGUGAAAGGAAGGCGGGGAACGUGGGCUGAAAUUGCUAGUGAAGACUGGAAAUGGUUUAUUAUAUGAUGUGAACAUUAUGAGGGCUCCAAACAGGAUUUGGCCGCUGGUUGUAGAGGGCGAGCUGGGAAGUGACAUUGCAAGAGGUUAAUGGCAUGUUUUAAUUUAAGAAGUAGAAGGUGUAGGGCUAAUGGUAGCUGCCUGUAUAAAUUAGACAUCACCUGGAGUGAUGCCAGACUGACAUUAUCUGUAAAUACAGCAUUAUUUAAACAGCUCAAACACUCUCCAUCCUACUCAGAAACCACAGUGGUAAUCACUGAUCUGACUGGGAAAUGGAGUAAAGGCACAGUACACCAUAAUCUAUUAUUAUAUUAUGUUAGCUCCUAGAGCCAUACAGGAAGGAAGGCGAAACAUUUAAAAAGGUUAUAUUCAGUAAAAGAAACAAAAAAACAAAACAACCUUUGACAUAUAAAGAUGAAAAAAAAAACUCCUCCCUAUCUUAAUUCACCUUUUAAAAUCUAACCAAAACCAUCUUAUUGUUCCAUGUAAUUCUGUAUCUGCUCAUGUACAUAGAGGGAAAACCUGCGGAAAAAGUGUCAUAUGUAUGUAAAAAGAAAUUAAAGUUAAUACUUAAAUGUUUAUCGGAUAUUUAAGCAAAGUUAUCAAUGUGUGAUGUUUUAUAUUAAGACUUUUCCUUGCACUUACAUGUUUGUUUUAGUCUCUGCAAGGUGGUACUGAAUGUUCUGUCGGUCGAUGUGUGUACCAUUUAAAUUGGACAAUAUACUGUAUAUGUGCCUGUGCUUCUGUGCUGUUUCAUUUACCCCCAUGACCAAAAAAAAGAGAGCCUGUACUGUAAAUAUUUUAUAGAUAAUCGUAGACACUACUCGUUAGUCCGCACUGUGGUUUGACUCAUCUUCAGAUGGAUAUGGCACGUGUUAAGUUGAUUCUGAUUGAAGAAUGUUUUGUAGCUUGUAAAAAUUGAUUUAAAGACUCGAUGGGUCAUUGGUAAAAAUCCCAGAUAAAAUAAAAACAUCUGUCAUGAAUUCCGAAUUUCAGGUGACAAAUUCGACUCUUCUCAUCAACAGAUGUGUAGCAGUUUACAGGCUGCCUCUGAGCAUGAGAGGCCAGUUUUAAAAAAAAACACUCUCCCGUCGCCUUCUCACAAUCUCUCCACCUGACACAUCUAAUUAUCAUCCUGACCUAGCACAGAAUAACAAGCUACAGCAACAAAGUGCCGACAGAGUUGUGUUUGUGGCUCCUAACUGUGAAAAAAAAAAAAUGGGAUUACAGCAUCAUGUGCGUCAACAUUGAGGACAUUAAGAGCCUGGUUGCUAGAUUCAGUAGCAAGUGGUGUGUGCAUGAUGGUGCAUGGAGUCCAUUAGGGCCGGUGUACAAUAAGUGAAUGUCUGUAAAGUGACUGCAUAUUGAUGAAGUGUAUUUAUGUAGCUUUAAACCAAAUGUCUACACCUGAUGUGGAUUUGCAAAUGGGUACAAAACAGGACACAUCUGUGCACAGACCUGAGUUGGACUUCUGUCAAAAGAAGUGCACACAGGCCUGCUGCUGGCUACUCUUCCUCUGAAGACCAGGUCCCAUUUAAACCUGCUGCUGGUCAAUGCAGGACAUCUGGAAUGUGCACGUGGAGUUAAAAAAAAAAGAAAAAAAGUGCCUGAACAACUGAAGGAGAGAGGGGGAGCCUGCGCUUCUCAUUUUGCACCCUUCACCGGGAAGUAAUAGGCUUAAGCCGAGCUGACAGUGGCACCUCGUUCUGUGAAUUCCACACAAAAGAGCAGAUUAUGGACACAGGGCAAGAUGGAGAGGAGGACUGGGAUAGUGGAAUAUUUUCAUGACAUGAUACUUGAUACACAAAAGAAUAAAAAAAAAAGACUUAAUAUGAAUAAAAAUGCAUUUUCAUGCGA